AUGUGGGCAGAUCAACCCGGGGGUCAACGCCCCGAAAAUAAUCGGCGGGCACGAGGUGUCUCCACAAAACAGAUACCCUUGGCACGUCGGCUUGAGAGACUACGUCAUGGACGAAUACUUCUGCGGAGGAACGCUCAUCAACGACCGCUACGUCAUCACGGCUGGGCACUGCCUCUACAACCCGAUGGAACAGGGCAUUUUUAAGCCCAAGGAUCUGAAAGUAGGCGUAGGUGACCACGUGCAGCUAAGCACUGAAGACGACAUCUCGAAAGUCACGACGCUCCUGGAGGUCGGCGACGUCAUAGUCCACGGGAAAUACGAAGUCGAUGGCCUGGACGAAGACAUCGCUCUCAUCAGACUGAAAGAGCCUUUGGAUCUGACGGCGAGCGGCGCCGUCAAACCCAUCUGCCUGCCCACAGAUGUAGCCCAGACCUACGAGGGGAAGACGGGUAUCAUCGUCGGUUGGGGGAACGUUGACGAGAACGUCCUCGUUUCGUCGGACGCCCUCAUGGAGGCCAAGGUCGUCAUCGAGAGCAAGAAAUGCGAGGAAAAGCUCCCGAUCAAGGUUACCAGCGGCAUGCUCUGCGCUGGGACUGCUGACGGUAGUCAGGACGCCUGUAGUGGAGAUUCAGGGGGCUCCCUGGUUGUGAAGGAGGGAGAAAGACACACUCUGGUGGGCAUUACUUCUUUUGGAUAUGGGUGCGGCCGACCAGAUACCCCCGGAGUCUACACUAGGGUGACGAGAUACCUCAACUGGAUUAUGGAGAACACGAAGGAUGCUAUUUAUUGUUCAUGAAUACUCCUUUUUAUGUGUGUGUGUGUGUGUGUGUGUAAAUAAAUGCUUCUGUUAAAACAGGAUACGUCUCAAAUAUAAAAGACCCAAUAAAACACUAUGGUUU